AUGAUGGCUGAACGAAAUAUUAAACACAUACAGAAACACUGGUUACACUUAAAUGAUAUACUCCCAUUUCUCAAAAGGAAUGUGACUCUUAAUCUUCACAUUAUCAAGCAACGCCAGGAACAAAAAAACUUCUGCUUAUUAGCACGCAUUCUGCUUGACGUAUGUAGUGAUGCUAUGAAAGACUAACUGCGAUGCAAAAUUAAAGGAGGAGAAGCUAUUAUUACCAAGAAAAUUUAUGAGAAAAGAAAUGAAUUAAACAAACUUAAGAGCCUUCAUGAUGCUCAGAAAAAAGUAAUAUUGCCUCCAAACAAUGAGCUUGUAAGAUACCGUAAUCUUGACUUCUCAUUAAUGUACAUUAUAAUGAGAAAGGUCUGCCCUUUUCAAAUAGAGCAAGAUGAAUACAUGUACAAGCAAGAUAAGUGGGGCAAGAUUCCAGAUGGUAAUGAUUUUAGCCUUCUAGCUGCCUUAGAAAGAAUAAGGCAGUGUAGAAAUGAAUUUUUUGCACACAAUACAUCUGCAAAGGUAGAUGACACUAUUUUCAAUUAUAUAUUGUCGCAAGUUGAAGUAGCAGUGAAAAAAAUAGACGAAAACGUAGACCCUUCCAUUGUUUGUAUUUGUUACAUGGACGAAAUGAAGAAAUUAAUAGAAAAUCCAAACAUAGAUUUUGAGACAGAUAACAAGUUGGAAGAAUUACUUAGCAUAAGGAGAGAAUACAGGAAAAAAUUUUGGGGGUCAAGUAGGUCAAAGUUCAAUGUGGAUGAGUACAGACAUCAGGACUCAAAUAUUGCUCAGACAGAACACUAUCUAGCAGAAUUUGUGAAGGAAAAUCAUUUUUAUGUGGAAACAAGAGUAUUUCAAGAGGUAGAAAGGUUUUUGAAGCAGAACAAAUGUGCCAUAAUUGUAGGGAAACAAGGGACGGGAAAAACAGAGAUUGCAAAUCAUCUAAUGUUGAAGAAUUUGAAACAUUUCUUAGUGCGCAAAGUGAAACGUGCUAAUGAAUUUGAAACCUUAAAUAACCCCCAAAAGAAACAAAUGUUCUUUAUUGACAAUGUUUUCGACUGCUCUGAUACUGAUUUGGCUGAUUGGUGGACAAGUUUUGAUUACAUCCAAAAAUUAGUUGGUUCUAAAAGUAACCAACAGACAUUGGGCAGGACUGGUAAUGUGGAGUAUGAUACAAAUGAUGAGGGUCCAAAAUUUAUAACGUAUUUUGUCAUGACAACUAGACCGCAUGCACUCGAUGUUGCAAAAAAGAAAAUGAGAAAAAAUAAAUCUUUACUGAAAAAUUAUGUUUUGAAUAUUGACGCCGAUGGCUUUAGUUUGAGUAACAAAGAAAAACGACAAAUAUUGGAAGCUAAAAUCAGGUUUGCAUAUCAAGAAAAGAAGAUUCAAGAACACACCUUUUCAGAGGAAGAAUGGAGAAGUAUUUUCGAGUCCUGUCCUCCAUUUGGAUACCCCUUAUGUGCCCGAUUAUUUGCUUGUGACAAAGGAUAUAGAAGAGAUGGCACAGAGUUCUUCUCAAAUCCCCAUCAAUAUUUGAACAGUAGACUUUCGGAGAUAAUAGAGGAUGAUUUCUCAAGGCGCACAGGAAUGCUUUUUAUUUUAUUACUACUUUCUGAAAUGCAAAAAGUAACUCUGCAGUAUGAUGAUGAUGAUCAGUGUUGGGAAAUUCUUUUUAAUCUGGGUCUUACUCGGGAGUUAUCGCUUAAAAAGACAGAAGUUAAGAAUUUGCCCGAGGCUGCAGCAGAACAUCUCGAGGUGUAUCUGAGAGAAUUAGAUGGUGCUUAUAAAUUUAUUCACCCAAGUGUAAGAGAAGCUGUGGAAAAUUACUUUAUAGAAAAAUAUACAAAGAAAGCUAUAGAAAUUUUGCCGAUGCAUAUUUUAUUUAAGAAAAUGAACUUGGAAGAUGACGAAGACAAAUGUUUGCCACCUUUGACACCUAAUUUGAUUGAAAGUCUAGCAGGACGACUUUUGCAAGACAUCAUAGAAAGACAAGGUAGCAUCUGUGAAAUUUGCAAGUAUGAUGGAUUUAAAAUCGAGAAUUUUUCUGCUGUGUUCUUAGAGAAAAUUACAAAAGAUACACACUGUUUUCAAAAGCUUUUGAAGGCUGAACAUACAGAUGGAUUUCCUUUCGUGUACUGGUUCACGUCGUCAGCCUGUCCGGACACAGUUCUUGAACUCUUAAAGCAUGAAGUAUUUAAUACUGUGUGUUCAGAUUCAGAAGUUUUCAUACAGUGUGCUUAUUCUCUGAUGGCUUCCUGUGCUUCGAAAGAAAAAAUACAAAUAACUGAGUACAUUUUAGAACGAUAUUCAAACAAAGAAAUUCAAAAUUUCUGUAGAGAAAGAAAGUGUUCUACAAUUAAAGAGUCAAUCCAGAAGUAUGCAUCUCCUUUGCUUGAAGCUUUAAGAGCCAGAAAUGAGGAUGCCAUACGACUUUUGAUAGAGAAAAAAGCAAUAUUCUCAUUUACAUGUUGGAGAGGAUGGCCAUUUUUGCAUGCUUGCUUUGAAGAGCCACAAAUCUGUUGUUCAGAAAUUCUGGAAGCUAUUCUUGCAUUUGAUGCAAUUAGAAUUACGUCAGACACAAAUGAUACGAAGGAUACUUUGAAUUAUAAUCAAAUAUUAGCAGUUGGAGAGAGAACAUUCUAUGAAGACAUAGUGAAAAGUAUUGACGGUUCCAUAAGUGAACAUGGGUCUUAUGAAAGAAUUUUACUUAAUUUAGUUAAAAUUCCUAGCCUUGAAAUAACGAAUGGAUUGAUAGAUGCCUACUGUUCACUUUCUGAAAUCAGAAAGUAUUCUGAAAUGAACCGCCAAAAUCCAUUAAAUAUUACUGAUGAUAAUGGAGAUUCAAUCCUCCAUUUUCUUAUAAAAUUCAAAGUUUAUCAUCCGAAAUCCUUUGAAGGACACAUUGACAGAUGUGACAUCUAUCAUCCAGAGGAAGAAGUGGAUGUAAACAAGGAUGAAAUAUUAACAAUGUACCCAGAAGAAGUAACUGCUGGAGAUCAUCAUGAUGAUGCAUAUGAACAAUUGGAAAAUCAAAAUGUCCUCUUGCAGAUGAUAGGCAGAUUAUAUGCCAAAGGCAUUGCCAUUAAUAUGAGAAAUAAAAAGGGAGAGACACCACUCAUGAUUGAGAUCAGCAAGUUUAGCCCAUCAAAAGAUGUUGUUAAAAGCCUAUUACAUUACAGGGCAAAUCCAAAUGCACAAGACAUUCUUGGGAGAACCUGCUUACACACACUCCUUCUCCAGAACUACGAAGAAGACUUGCCAAUUGUACCUUAUCUUGAGCUUUUGAUAAAGCAUGGCGCAGAUAUCAAUAAAACUGAUGAUUACGGCAAUAAUCCUAUUUUUGUAGAAUUAAAAAGGCAAAAUCCGAGAACAAGUAUUCUGAGAUUCCUCAUAGAUGCACAGAUAGAUUUACGAGAAGCAGAUGUGCAUGGAAAAACGGCACUUCACGUUGCUUUAACAGCCACUUAUGAUAAAGAAAUUGCAAAGGAAGAAAUUGUAAGGGUUCUUUUAAAAUCAAAAAAAUUGAAUGUGCUUUCCUGUGAUAAAACUGGCAUUUCUGCUUUCAGGUUGGCAAUGGAAAAUACAGAUUAUCAUGAUAUUUUAAAACAGAUUGCUCAACAUGAUUCAUGUCCAUAUCCCCUUCAUGCAUGCAUAGUAGAAGAUAUUAAUGAAAGUAUCAAGAUUCAAGCUCUGAUGCACUUGAUAUCAAAUGGCGACGAAAAGUUCCAAAUUUCAACGAAAGAUCAAAAUGACCAGACACUGAUAAUAACAGCUGUACAGAAGUGCCCAAACAUGGUCAACCUCCUUGACUACUUACUAAACACAGACAUUGACAUAAAUGCAAAAGACGGCCAUGGGAAAAAUGCUCUAUUUUAUUUAAUUUCAGCUGACACUGAAUUUAGCAUUCGUGAGUCUGCUCUCAAUUUACUUCUUGCGAAAAGCCCUUCUGUUCAUGAUGAACUCGAAGACAAGGACACACAGUCACCUCUAGCACUAGCAAUGCAAUUUAUGACAAGUAGAUCAUUCGUUUUUGAACCUUUGGACCCUAUAGAGUUUCCAUCUGAAGCAAUGACAAAGAAAAUGACAACAGAGGAAUCUCCGGAACAAUAUAACACAAGAAGAAAAGAUGUGCGAUCUAAGCAUGUCCUUGAUCUUAGAGUUGAAAUUGUUCAGAAAAUUCUAGAUAUUGCAACAGUGGACUUAGAUUUCCCAAUUGAUGAAAAACAACGGACGUAUCUUCACUACUGUGCAAGCUCUCGUCUUGCAGAUGAAAAAACACGUGCUGUUUGCGAACGCCUUGUUAGACUUGGUGUGGAUGUUGAUAAGAAAGAUAAAAAUGGACUAACUUGCAUUGAUAUGGCUUUUAGAUACUCCGUUAAGAAUUUUGACACACUUGUAUUCUUACUGGAAGAAAGUAAACAUUUGGAGGAUCUAGACAUAGAUGGUUUAUUGGAAUGUAUCACCCUGAAAAACUAUCUCUAUGAGGAGCUGGUUAGAUAUUUGGAGCAAAACAUUUUUCCUCGGACUAAACCAAAACGAAACCUUUUCCAAUAUUUGGCCUCCAUCAGCUAUGAUCCAAAAAGUCAACCAAAAGCUGAACGUGACAAAGUAUUUGAUGGUCUUCUAAAAUCUUUUUCAAUUGACCAAAAAAGCAAGAAUGGACAAAUUCCUUUGCACAUUGCUAUUGAAGGGAAUGCUAGUGUUUCCUGUGUGCGAAGUUUUGUACGAGUAAGCAAAUGCUGUAUAAAUACACCUGAUUCUGAAGGAAAUACAGCAUUACAUUUGGUCUUGAAAUCUGAUAGAGAUGACACUGAUGUAUGUACUAUAGUAAAGAAGAUGCUGAAAUGUGAUGCCUCUGUUGAUGUCCAAAAUGAUAUGCUAGAAACGCCAAUAAUGCUUGCUGUUCAUUGUCUCAGGGAUCGUGCAGGUACGGUAACUGAACUUUUGAAAGCAAAGACAGACUUGUUUCUGACAGACAGAAGAAAAUACACCGUCCUUCACCACUGUGUUGGAGCCGCAAAAAAUGAUAUUGCCGCGAGCGCUCUACUUUCUUUGUUUAUUGAUAGUGGUCGCAGAAUUCCAGUAAUGGAAAAGAACACAGAAGGUUACACACCGUUAAAUCUUGCCGCCAAAAACGAAAAGUUUAGUAGAUUAUUAUGCAUAUUGAAACUUUUAGAAGUGAAAGAGUGCACAGCAUAUACAGUGGACAGACAGGAAAGAACCCCAUUGUUCAACACAGCAUUCUUUUUAGAAGGAGUCAGCCCGUUAGUAGUGCUUGAAAGACUUUUGCGUGGGUAUAUAUUUAUCAUGCAUAGAGACUCUCCCUCAGUGACAAAUAACAAAGGAAAGACUGUAUAUGAUGUUUGUAAUGAAUAUGGCCAUAGACAUCUGGAAAAUCUGUUGGAAUCUGAAAAAUCAGAAAAAAUGUUCACAGUAGUCAAACAAGCAUGGAUUGAUGUGUCUUCCAGAUAUCUUCUAUUCGAUAAAAAUAGUAACGACCCUAAACUGCAGUUUGGAAGUAACGUGGAGAAAAGGUUUCGAAAACUUAUUUAUGAUUCACUGCCUUUUUUGUCACACGUAAACUUUGAUAACAUAAAAAACGUAGAAUUGGUAGAGGAGGAAAAUAAUCUCUCGAGUGUUCCUGAACUAGAACAAGGAUAA